AUGGCCAACAACAACCUGAACCGCCCGCUCAACACUAAUGCGGCUGAUCCUUCCAACUCCAGCUCAACGCCUGGCACCACUCCGCCACCGCCGCCACCACCACCACCGUCUUCCGACAAUCCGCAAGAGCUCAUCCACCAGGCUCCCAGUGCCUUCAGCCGCACCGAGGACUGGUCGUUCAGUUUCGAGAGAGAAGUGAACAGCGGCAUUAAUGGUCAGUUGGGGGCAACUGGUGCGGUGUCCCGUGAAGCUCCCCAGGAACCCUCAGGGGCUAACACGGUGCUGCAGGUCCACCCAGGGAAUGGCGAAUAUAGCCUGCAGCAGAAGCCUAAGCAGCAGAAGGCGAGCAGCUCCCAGGCCACUUCUGAGCGCUACAAGACUGAACUGUGUCGGCCCUUUGAGGAAAGCGGCAUUUGCAGGUACGGCCACAAGUGCCAGUUCGCACAUGGCUACCGCGAACUGCGUACCCUGUCAAGGCACCCCAAGUACAAGACGGAGCCUUGCCGCACCUUCCACAGCGUUGGCUUCUGCCCCUAUGGCACUCGCUGCCACUUUAUUCACAACCUGCCUGAGCAGCAACCUGUGCCUUCCGAGAGUGCCUCCGAGGAGCUGAGCUCCUUCAAUGGCUCCAAUGAGCAACAUUUGGGCGUUAACGAAGAACAGCAGCUCAGACUGCAGAGUGACAACCCUUCGGGCUUCCUGUCGGGCAACAGCCAUGCCCUCCAGGCAACUCUGCUGCUCAACCAACAGGCGAUGCUCAGGAUGAUGUGCUGCAGGACCGCCUCCCCUACUCCGCCCUUCUACGACGCUGGCAAAGGCCCGUGCAACAACAACUGCGCCAACAAUGCCUUCCACCAGGAGCUAGAUGGCUUCUCGUCUGCUGCCGUACAGAAUCCUAACUUUGCUACCACAACUCCCACUGCCUCCUACAACAACCAGCAGCAGAUGGGCCUGGCAGCUUCUACUCAGUUCCAGAUGCCCCUUGCCGGGCCGACGCCUUCAGCCACCAUCCUUGGCCAGGCUGGUGUUGGCCCCACAGCUGCUGCCCUCGCUCCUGGGGCUGCCCUCACUCCCGGAGCUGCCCUUGCUCCUGGGGCUGCCAUGGUUCCUGGGGCUGCCCUCGCUCCUGGGGCGGCUGCCCUCGCUCCUGGGGCUGCCCUCGCUCCUGGGGCUACCAUGGCUCCUGGGGCUGCCAUGGCUCCUGGGGCUGCCCUCGCUCCUGGGGCUGCCCUUGCUCCUGGGGCUGCCAUGGCUCCUGGGGCUGCCCUUGCUCCUGGGGCUGCCAUGGCUCCUGGGGCUGCCCUUGCUCCUGGGGCUGCCAUGGCUCCUGGGGCUGCUGCCCUCGCUCCUGGGGCUGCCCUCGUUCCUGGGGCUGCCAUGGCUACUGGGGCUGCCAUGGCUACUGGGGCUGCCCUCGCUCCUGGGGCUGCCCUCGCUCCUGGGGCUGCCCUCGCUCUUGGAGCUGCCAUGGCUCCUGGGGCUGCCAUCGCUCUUGGGGCUGCCAUGGCUACUGGGGCUGCCCUCGCUCCUGGGGCUGCCCUAGCUCCUGGAGCUGCCAUGGCUCUUGGGGCUGCCAUGGCUACUGGGGCUGCCAUGGCUACUGGGGCUGCCAUGGCUACUGGGGCUGCCCUUGCUCCUGGGGCUGCCAUGGCUCCUGGGGCUGCCCUCGCUCCUGGGGCUGCCCUCACUCCUGGGGCUGCCCUCACUCCUGGGGCUGCUGCCCUCGCUCCUGGGGCUGCCCUCGCUCCUGGGGCUGCCAUGGCUCCUGGGGCUGCCAUCACUCCCAGGAUUGCCCUUGCUCCCGGGGCUGCCAUCACUCCUGGAGUUUCCAUUGCUCCAGGAGUUGCCACAGCCUCUAGCGGUGUAUUGGCUCCCGGUGCCUCUGUUACAGCUGCCCGUGCUGCAACUCCAAGUGUGGACAAUACAUCCUUGACCACUAUCACUACUGCCACUGCUGCAGAGCAUGCCACACCACACUUCACCUUCCAACUGCCAGUUGUCGAGUCUGAGUCCGAGUCCGAGUCCGAGUUGCUCGAGUUCGAUGUGAUCACCAGCACCCUGGAUUCCCUGUUUGUCUCUGAUGACGACGAUGAUGAUGAAGAAGACGGCUUUCUGAGGGGUUCCUCGAGCUUCAGCAACCUCAGUGAUUCUGAACUCAAUUCCAGCCGCCGUCUGCCCAUCUUCAGCCGUUUCUCAGACUCUGAAAAAUGA